CGCUCGCCAGACGGAGCCUCCCUCCUCCCUCCUCGCCACUCGCCAUCCCCCACUCCCUCUCAGCUCGGCCUCUCCCCCUCUCCGACUCCGUCCGUCCGUCCGGCCGGUGGAACCUAGGCGGGGAGGGGCAGGGAUGACGACGCUGGGGAAGAGGCACCGGAACAGCAGCUCCAUGCGGCGGACCACCAGCAUGUCGGGCUUCGCGGUGCCGCCGGAGGAGGAGGCGGCCGGGCGCCAGCCCACGCGGGCGGCCAGGGGCGCCUCGGCCGCGCCGGCGCAGACGGAGUGGGGCGCCGCCUUCCAGAGGCGCCACUCCGGGGACUUCAACGCCGCCGUCGAGACGGCCGCCUUCCUCAAGGCCUGCGGCCUCUGCUGCCGCCGCCUCGGCCCCGGCCGCGACACCUUCAUAUACAUGGGCGAGGUGGCCUUCUGCAGCCUGGAGUGCAGGCAGCAGCAGAUGAACCUGGACGAGCUCAAGGACAAGAAGUGCUUCCCGGCGACCGGCAGCGGCGGCUCCGACGGCACCAGCGGCACGGUGGCCGCCGCCUAGCAUCGACCGACGGAGCAAAAGAACAGAGAAUCGUUGGCGCCCUCUACCAGGGAACCAAACCCGUUAAUUAGUUUCUGUCAGCAUAUGUGCAUGAUAUAUAUAUCCUAUAUGUCGUGUUGUUGUGUAUAUUGCUGGCUCAGGUUGUGAGCCAGGAUUAAUGAAAGGGGAUGUAGAGAUUGGAAUUGGGGCUAGGUGAAACCUUGCAGGUGGCUUCGGCGCACCUGUUCUCAGGUGUGCCGAGCAGAAUGGGGGGAUAUUUUGUAUCCUGGUGCAGAAUUAGGUCAUGAGAUUUGGAGCUAGUACUGUUAAUUUUUUCCAAAAUGAAUCAAGAACUUCAGCUCUCCAAGUUGUCUGAAA